AUGGGAAAAAACAAGCAAAAUUCCAUUCUAAGCUUCCUGGUUGUUGUUGUUGUUCAGUCACUCAGUCAUGUCCGACUCUUCAUGAACCCAUGGACUGCAGCAUGCCAGGCUUCCCUGUCCUUCACCAUCUCCUGGAGUUUGAUCAAACAUAUGUUCAUUGAGUCAGUGAUUCCAUCCAACCCUCUCAUCUUCUGUCAUCCCCUUCUCCUGCCCUCAAUCUUUCCCAGCAUCAAUGUCUUUUCCAAUGAGUUGGCUCUUUACAUCAGGUGGCCAAAGUAUUGGAGUUUCAGCUUCAGCAUCAGUCCUUCCAAUGAAUAUUCAGGACUGAUUUCCUUUAGGAGUGACUGGUUUGAUCUCCUUGCUGUCCAAGGGACUCUCAGGAGUCUUCUCCAGCACUCCAGUUUGAAAGAAUCGAUUCUUCAGUUCUCAGCCUUCUUUAUGGUCGAACUCUCACAUCCACACAUGACCACAGCAAAAACCAUAACUUUGACUAUAUGGACCUUUGUUGGCAGUGAUGUCUCUGCUUUUUAA